AUGUCCUCUCACAUUCUCGCCCAUGCUCUUCAUGGGCUGCCUGCAAUCAAGAAACUCAAAGACAAGCGUAUAGUUCUCGCCUCAAAUAGUCCUCGAAGAAAGCAAAUUCUAGAGACCUUCGGCAUAUCGCCUGAGAUUUCUCCAUCAACAUUUAAGGAGGACCUUGGUACAGAUUCCUUCCAGGACCUGCACGAGUACCCGGUGGCAACAGCGACUCACAAGGCUGUCGAGGUGUAUGAAAGGCUCGUGUCAGAAAAUCCCGACGAACCUCCUGAUCUCGUUAUCGCGGCGGACACGGUUGUCCUGACCCAUGCCCAACCUUCGACCUCUCAGGCUGAUUAUAGCGUGCUUCCUGAUGUAAAUCAAGAGCUCUUGGAGAAGCCGUCAAACAAGGAAGACAACCUUAGAAUGCUCAUGGAUCUCAAUGGAAGUGUGUGCGAAGUCGUUACCGGAGUAACCCUUGUAUACCCAGUCCUUCAGUCACCAGGUUACUCUAUACGCUCGAUCGAUGAGCGCUCGUUGGUCUACUUCGCAGACAACCCUCAGCACCUGUUGAAAGCGUAUGCAGAUUGUGGGGAAGGUGUUGACCGUGCAGGUGGUUUCGCGAUUCAGGGCCUCGGAGGCCUGUUGAUUCGCAAAAUCGAAGGCGAUUACAAUAACGUUGUUGGCUUCCCCGGCGCGUCUUUUUUUACUUUACUUGAUUUGAUAAUCGAGGAAGACGAAGACUUUCUGAACAUAUGA